UGCCCGAGCCGCCUCUUUCCCGGCUGUUCGCCAUCUUGUUGUUGAUUUGAACAGGUCUGGAGCGGGUGAGAAGAGCCGGGUCUGGAGGAGACACCCGCGGGCAGCCGCCCCCCAAGUCCCGACCGGGAGCAGUGCCCGGGGAGGCGGUGACAGAUCUGAAGAUCAGUUUGUGGGUGAAGGAGGAGCCCCCCACCACGGCCGGGCCCCCGCGCCGCUCUCCAUGCCCCCGCCGAGCAUCGGGCGUCUAACGCAAUGUGUGUUUGUCAAACCAUGGAAGUGGGGAAGUACGUCCAGAGCGCAGUGUGCGACCGGGGCCGGGGGGUCCUGCUGGAGCCGUUCAUCCAUCAGGUGGGGGGCCACAGCAGUAUGAUGCGCUACGAUGACCACACUGUCUGCAAGCCCCUCAUCGCCCGCGAGCAGCGCUUCUACGAGUCCCUGCCCCCAGAGAUGAAGGAAUUCACCCCGGAAUAUAAAGGAGUGGUGUCCGUCUGUUUUGAAGGGGACAGCGAUGGCUACAUCAAUCUGGUGGCGUACCCCUACAUGGAGAGCGAGGCGGCCAAUCAUGAAGAAUUUCCGGAGCGAGACCAUCCCAGACGCAAGCACUCCCGCCGAGGCCUGCACCGCGCCAGCAGCACCGACCACAAGGACGAGCGGCCGCUUCUCACCGGGGAAAACUCCGAGAGCGUCCCUGAGAUGAAGAGCCCGAAGCUGGAGCUGCAGUCGGAGGCCCCCUUCCAGAUGCUGGACGGUAACAGCGGGGUGAGCUCGGAGCGGAUCAGCUACAACCCCUGGAGCCUGCGCUGCCACAAGCAGCAGCUGAACCGCAUGCGCUCCGAGUCCAAGGACCGCAAGAUGUACAAAUUCCUCCUGCUGGAGAACGUCGUCCACCACUUCAAGUUCCCGUGUGUCCUGGACCUGAAGAUGGGGACGCGGCAGCACGGCGACGACGCCUCGGAGGAGAAGGCCGCCCGGCAGAUGAAGAAGUGCGAGCAGAGCACGUCGGCCUCGCUGGGCGUGAGGGUGUGCGGCAUGCAGGUCUUCCAGAUGAACACGGGGCACUACCUGUGCCUGAACAAGUACUACGGGCGCGGGCUGAGCGCGGAGGGCUUCCGCCAGGCGCUGUACCAGUACCUGCACAAUGGCGUCAGCCUCCGCAUGGACCUGUUUGAGCCGAUCCUGAUCAAGCUGCAGCGCCUGAUCUCCGUGCUGGAAAGCCAGGCCUCCUACCGCUUCUACUCCAGCUCCCUGCUCAUCAUCUACGACGGAAUAGACCGCCCGCGGACCGGGGACCCCCAGGAAGCGCCCCCCAUUGUGGACGUCCGCAUGAUAGACUUUGCCCACAGCACAUACAAAGGCUUCCGGGAUGAUCUGACGGUGCACGACGGGCCGGACAAGGGCUACGUGCUGGGCCUGCGCAACCUGCUCAGCAUCCUGGAGCUGAUCCGCCAGGACAACCAGUAGGGGGCGUCGCCCUCGCAUCCUGAACCGGGGGGGCGGGGCCUCACUGUAUAUACUUCUAUAUAGAGAGCGUAUAUACCAGAUCUAUAUAUCGUCUGCAGCGCGGGGGUUAAAUGUCCAUUAUCUCAUUUCUGUGCGCCGGCACGCGCGCUCCGUCUCCUUCUGCUUUGUUACUUCAUGUGAAGCUGCGGUCUGCGGGGUGAGGUGGACUCCACCGCCAUACGGGUGCGGAGCGCGGCCAGUAUUAAUGACUGUGUCAGUUGCCGGAUGUUCUUCCCAAGGAAGACUGAAGAUAAAGGAGAAGUAAUGGCGGCCACUUGGCGGAUGUAGCGCUGACUGCAGCGGCCGGGACCCCCCUCCCCCGCAGCGCUGAUCCUGUGGAAAAGUGAAAUGUGGAAAAAAGCGUGUGUGGCCCCCGGGUGUUGGUGCGGAAAUCUGGGUAUUUGCGCAGUGAUGGUGGCUCUGGCUGCGAUUCCUCACACCGCAGGCGACCAAAGCUUUUAUCCGGAAUUCUGUGCCCUGCACCCCCACCGAGGCAGAGUCUGGUGCCCCCUCAUAGUGGAGGGAGAUGCCCCACCCACUGGGGGCGUGGUAAUGGAGGGAGAUGCCCCACCCACAGGGGGUGUGGUAAUGGAGGAGGGGGUGUACUACCCACAGGGGGUGUGGUAAUGGAGGAGGGGGUGUCCCACCCACAGGGGGUGUGGUAAUGGAGGGAGAUGUCCCACCCACAGGGGGCGUGGUCAUGUGGAUGGGAUGCCCCACCCACUGGGGGCGUGGUAAUGGAGGGAGAUGUCCCACCCACAGGGGGUGUGGUAAUGGAGGAGGGGGUGUACUACCCACAGGGGGUGUGGUAAUGGAGGAGGGGGUGUCCCACCCACAGGGGGUGUGGUAAUGGAGGGAGAUGUCCCACCCACAGGGGGCGUGGUCAUGUGGAUGGGAUGCCCCACCCACUGGGGGCGUGGUAAUGGAGGGAGAUGUCCCACCCACAGGGGGUGUGGUAAUGGAGGGGGGAUGCCCCACCCACAGGGGGGGGGUCACAGGACAUAAUAAUAUUGGUUGCUGUAAAUCCUCUGCCAUCUUCUCCAGUCACACCCAGAGCUGCAGGCACAACUUGCAGAAAAGACUCUACUCCCAGAAUGCAGUGGGGCACUGGCAUUGUGGUAUAUCGGCUAAAGGGCAUCAGCAGAAUCGGUGCCGCUUUACAUGUGACUGGAGUAUAAGAUGUAGAAGGUGGCGGCGGUCCUCGGGUGGGCAGAUUAGUUGUGGGGGUGCAGCGGCUCUGGGGUCCGGUCCCCCCCAUCAGCGCAGGCGCAGUAAUGAGCAUUGAAGGCGGGGGAGGGGAGGUGGCAGCGCACACAGGACAGCCAGUUUCAGAAAAAGGGGAGGAGCAACAGGAGCAGGAAGUACCGCCUCCUACCAUGUCUUAUGUGUUUCUGCUCAGCAUACCCAGUUAUAGGUCAAAAGUGUUCACUGUGUGGCCCCUGGCGCCGUGGCCCUCAGAUUUGUAUUUGUCACCAGUGUAUGUCUCACUUUUUUUUAUUAAACAAUAAUCACAAA